GGAUUUUGUUGGGAAGACUCUCCUGCCUGCCUCCCACUCGAAAAGAAAGAUAAGGAGGCCCCACCCGGCAGCGUCUGCUCUCAGCAUCCGCCACGGCCAUGGCCUUCGUCGCCAUCCACGCCCGCCUCGCCGUCCUCCUCCCUCGCCUCAGCGCCGCCGCCUCGUCUCUCCGGUCCGCUCCUCCCCGCACCCGUCUCUCGCCUCUCAGGACUUCAACCGGACACAUCUUCCGCAGCCCGCGGUGCAGGCGUCGGCCGUGUCGCGCUCGCGCCGCCUCCAUCACCGCGUCGCUCGACCUCACCGAGGACAACGUCCGGCAGGCCAUCGUCGACGCCAAAGCCGAGCUGGCCCAGCUAUUCGACACGUCGGUCGGCAUAACAGGGCAAGUUGAUCUGGCGGAGCUGGACGGGCCGUUCGUGAAGCUCCGCCUCAAGGGAAAGUUCUGGCACACCCGCGCCACCGUCGUCGCGCGGAUUGGCAACUACCUCAAGAACCGUAUACCGGAAAUCUUGGAGGUGGAGAUCGAAGAUGAGGACCAGCUUGACGACAGCCCCGCGGCUUACUGAGGAGUAGCAUGGUAUGGAGCUUCAGGAUUUGCGUCUGCAUAGAUGGAUUGGCUUGCACCAGCUACAUUGUGGUUGCAGAGACCUGACAUUUCAAUGUAUUUCUUCAGGGUAAAGAACAUGCGAGCUGUUGCUGAGGGUGCCUACUUUUUCAGUACCGGGUUUGGUAGGCGUAGGAUCAUCUUUUUUGUGAGCGGAAAGGAUAUGGCAAUGAUGUUGUAUACUUAUGCGUUAGCUAACUCCUGCCAAUGAUGCUUAAGUUGGUGUGCUCAUCAUACUGCAUUUGGGAUGCAACUGCAUCAGUAUGUCACUGUAGUCAUGUGUUUAUUAUGUCUUGUGAUGUGGACAGCCCUCGGGUAGAACUGAAAGCCCACAAUCACUCACAGAAUUGGUUCACAUAGUCCUCCAUGAACCAUCUGUACUUCGAUUGUAAUUUCUACGCACAGACGGAUCUGGUGUUAUGUUAUUCUGAUAUGCUGUUCUUGCACUUCA